AUGACAUUCACCUUCCCCCUCGAGACCCACGACCAGAGGGCUAUCGUGAUCUGUGGCAUCGUGUUCAGUGUGCUCCCGACGAUAAUCGUUUUCCUGCGCGUCUUGGCUAGGCGUAAGUCGAAUCGACCGCUCGACACGAGUGACUACUUGAUAAUUGCAUCGUGUUUUUUCACCGUAGUCUAUCAGGGCGUGGCUAUAUCAUCCGUUCUCGUCGGCGGAGUAGGCUUUCAUGUACAUGAUAUAGAAACCAGGUUUGGCGUCGAAGAUGGUUCGACGUCGUUCCUUAAGCAUUUAAUCGCCAUCCAAGUAUUAUGGGCACUCAGUCUUAGCCUAUGCAGGAUCUCCAUCAUCCACCUAUUUUCGAAGAUCUUCCUGGUUCAAAGCUUCAUCGUCGUCGCUAGGGCUACCUAUGUUCUAAUCGUCCUAUGGGCUUUGGCUGCCAUAUUUAGCGCCUUUCUACUUUGUGAACCUUUCGCGUUCAACUGGGAUAGAUCGAUCGUAGGAGGGACUUGCGGAAAUGCCAUGAUUUCCUGGAUCACGACGGGGGUUCUGAAUAUGGUUUCUGACCUGAUUCUCCUCGUUAUGCCGAUGCCGUACCUGUUAGGGUUGGAAUUAUCAUGGCGGAAACGGCUGCUACUAGCAGCAACCUUCAGCAUCGGGAUAUUAACUUGUGUCGUUAGUAUAAUACGUAUCGACAUGAUGACUACGAUCGACUUCGACGAUGUAACUUUUACGAUACCACACACAGUUUUAUUUAGCGCGCUCGAGCCCUGUAUCGCUGUCACGUUAUCGUGCAUAAUUAUUUUACGCCCCCUUUUCGGCGGUCGGUAUCAGCCGGACGGGCCAACAGCCUACAAUAAUCCGUCCGUCGACGCACUGGCGAGAAAAAACAGUACCCGACGCUUUAAGCAGCUUAACGAUGAUUCAUCCGAAACACGACUACGUCCUGAAGAUGUCACCUAUCGAGCAUCUAUUGCGAAAUCGCCGGAGCCGUUUAAGGCGUUCGGUAUGGGCGAUAUUGCUCUCGAAAUGGGAUCGAUUUCGAUAAAACACGAAUGGACCGUAAAGGAAGAGCUGCGACCGACGAGUUCGACAACCCAAAAAGGAGCAAGCUGA